UGUUGCUCAAAAAGUCAUGGCGGAUUUUUUCAUUAAUAAUUUAUUAUAGAUUUACCUUCAAUUUUGUGGAUAAAUUAAUAUUGACGGCGUCGAAAUAGUAAAAGUGCGGUCUGUUCGCGUUGUGAGAGCCCAGCGAGAAGUACGUUGAACGGGCUUCUAUAUUCUUAGCACUAAUUCGCCAUUCGACAUAUCAAGAAAAGGACCUUUGACGAAACGUCUCGAAUUUCGUCGGACCAAUAAAUAAGGGAAAAGUAGAAUUUCGACGUCGCAAUAUAAUAAAACGUCUAAUAAUAUGAUACAAUAAGUGACCGAAUAGGCAAGACGUCAUCAGUUGUAACGCUCAUAAAACAGAUAUCGUCUAUCGAGGCAAAAUGAAUGAAGCUUCGCCUGUGAUAUACCACGGGGACAGUGGAUUUGACGAGGCAGGGGGGAUUUUCUUCGUGCAAGAGCUGACGCCGCAACCUAUAGAUAUUCUGCAAAUAAAUGGAGGCCCGAGAGGCCGGCGCUGGCAUCCACGCAAAGCCCACCAGCCGCCCAAACCCGAAAUCGCCUUUGGAUAUGACUCAGAUGACUCGAGCCUCUCGAGCAGUGGUUCUGGCUCUAAUAAGUCCAGUGAAAAAGGGGAGAACAAAAAUAAGCGCGAGAGGGACAGGGAAAACGGCACAGUGUCGCACGAGAGGGACAGAGACAAUGGCAUAGUGACGCGUGAGUGGCGCGGGCGUGGGCGUCGUGACUUGCGCCCGCGCCGCCCUGGCCUAGAGCACUACUUCAGUGCGAACUACCCCUUCCAAGUCAGGUUCACGCCUGACGACCUGCUUAAUGGAUCCCGGUACGACUCACUGUCGCAGGAGAUGUGGGACAAGUUCAUGAGAUCGCAGCAGACAGAGGAGACCUUCCGCAAGAAGAUGAAUCUCUGGAGAUAUCUCUUCAUGACUAUCAAGUCAAUAUUCCCCCGGUAUGGGCUAUAUGUGGUGGGGUCCACAAUGUCCGGUUUCGGUCUGGACUCUUCAGACAUGGACCUGUGCCUGUACGUGCGCGCUCUAGUGGACGUGGAGCCGCGGGAGCACGCGCUGCUGCACCUCAACCUGUUACUCAGCUACAUCAAGAGCUUUGACCCCAACGCGGAAGUGAUCCACGCGAAGGUGCCGAUCCUGAAGUUCCGCGACGCGCGCAACGGACUGCAGGUGGACCUCAACUGCAACAACGUGGUCGGCAUCCGCAACACCAACCUGCUCUACUGCUACUCCAGAAUGGACUGGCGCGUGAGACCCCUUGUGGCGGCGAUGAAGCUGUGGGCGCGCUCGCACAAGAUCAACGACGCGCGGCGCCGCACGCUGUCCUCCUACGCGCUCACUCUCAUGGUGAUACACUUCCUGCAAUGCGGCACGUCGCCGGCGGUGCUGCCGCGCGCGGGCGAGUCGCCGCGGCGCGCGCACAACCGCAUGCCGCUGGGCGCGCUGUUCCUGCAGAUGCUCAAGUACUACGCGGACUUCCCCUACGAGCAGAUGGCCAUCUCCGUGCGCGCCGCGCGCCGCGUGCCCGUGUGGGAGUGCCGCGCGCGCGCCGCCGCCACGCCCGGCGGCGACCCCGCGCACUGGAAGCUGCUGUGCGUCGAAGAGCCCUUCGACCUGACGAACACAGCCCGCACGGUAUACGACCCGCUCAUGUUCGAGAAGAUCGUGGAAACGUUCCGCACGAGCCACAAGCGCCUCGCCGCCAGCCUGCGCCUGCGCGACGCGUGGCCGCAGCGAUGAUACGCGCCGUGCGACGCGUGCGCGCCCGCCGCAGUGCAGUGUAUCAUAGUGACCAUGUAUGCCCACUACUGACGUGGACCACUGUAUCAUAUAGUAACUAAGACAUGGACAAGUUAUGUGCCAAUACUUGGGCAUAGUGUAUCAAGAUUAUAACAUGGACAAGUGUGCGGAAACAUGGGAAAGUGUAUCGUCCAGACCACGGACCGAACUACCGGAUUUUUUCGUAGCGUUGCCAAGGUACGUUAAAAAGUAACGAUAAAAUAACGAUACCAAUAAAUCCGUUAACUUAUCUAGAUACCGUUAUUAAUACCGGUAAAAUACAGUUAUUAAUACCAGUGAAAGUACCGUUAUUAAUAUCGGUAAAAGUACCGUUAUUAAUACCGGUUAAAGUACCGUUAUUAACAUAGUUGUUUGCUGUGUGCCUGCUUCUAACGUGGACAACAGCGCAAUAACUUGGUCAUAUGGUCAGAUGUAUUAUAACCCAUCUGCCCACUACUAGGUUAGACAAAGAUAUGGUACUGUGUACCGACAAAGGUAUCAUGUAUCUGUACUACUUAUGAUUUACAAAUCAAAAGUACAAGAAUACAGGCAUGAUAACAUAGUAUCAAAUAGUCUCCAAAAACCAUGUUUACCAUGAUACUCCCCAAUGGCACUUCAUCACAUUUGUGGAAACAUCUUUUCCAAGUGUGAACAAGCAUAGCUUGAUAUCUGCUAACUUCACAAGUUUAUUUUUUCCUACCAUAUGAAGUUCUGAGUGAAGUUAGCAGAAGUUGCAAAACUAAAGCGGAAUUUACAUUACGAAAUUAGUUUCACGACAUUAAUUUCAUUAUCAAUUGCACGUGUUAACGUCUAAUUUCGUAUAAUAAUAAGACAUUUACACUUACAAUUGGUAAUGAAAUGAAUGUCUUGGUUUAGUGGCAUGAAAUUAAACUAAUUUCAUGCCACUAAUUUUGUAGUGUAAAUUUUGCUUUGGCAUAGGCUGCUGACCGAAUAUUUAGUAUGAAUUUUAUUAGGUCAUAAUAGAGGUCGCGGCCGGAUUACGCCCCUCGAAAGUCAAAAAGAUAUAUAGUGUCAGUUAUUAGAAACUCAACCUCAAACUGAAUUUACACUACGAAAUUAGUUUCAGGACAUUAAUUUUAUUAUAAACUGCACAUGUAAAUGUUUAAUUUCGUAAUGCAUGCAUUAUGAAAUAAGAUGUUUACACGUGCAAUUGAUAAAAUGAAAUUAGUGUUGUUAUACUAAUUUCGUAAUGUAAAUUCCGCUUUAGGGUUGAUGUGGUACUGAUGCCGUGUAAUUCAAGUCAGUGCAUCACAUGAAGCUGUAUUUAAUGCGGAUCUACAUUGAGUCAGUUACCGAUAUGGUAAGCGGAGUGCUGUCGCAAAAUUGUAAGGCUGGAUUUACAUUGAGUCACGUGACUGUUUGUCUUUAAGGUGGAUUUACACUGGAUCAGUUACUGACAUGGCGUAAUCUGAAUUUAUCUGAGUGCUGUAUCGGUGUGAGUAAAGUCAGAUUUACAUUGAGUCACGUAACUAUUUGCAUUUAAGAUGGAUUUACACUGAGGCAGUUACUGACAUGGCGUAAUCUGAGUUUAUCUGAGUGCUGUCAAAAUCGGUGUGAGUAAGGCCAGAUUUAUAUUAAGUAUGUACGUAACUAUAUGCAUUUAAGACGGAUUUGCACUGGGUCAGUUACUGACAUAGCGUAAGUUCAGUAUUGUUUCAAAACUGCAAGUAAGGCUUAUUGUGAGUCAUGUGACUGUUUGCAUUUAAGGUGGAUUUAUACUUGAUCACUUACUGACAUGGUGUAAGUGAGUGCUGUCUCAAAACUGUUUGUUAAGGGGGGAUUCACAUUUGAGUCAGUUAUUGAUAUGGUGGGAAUUGAAUUGAGUCUCAAAUAUUCUGUCAAUGUAUUAUUUACUAUCUUUUUACAUUACGUCAGUAUUGAUUCUGAAAGCAAUGUGAAACUUGCUAUAAAGCCAGUUUACAGACUUGGAAGUCAGAUCUGAUAUUGUGUGAAUUAAUUUCAAUUCAAGUAGUAUACGGAAAGUUACUGACACUAUGUAAAUCCGCCUUAAUGUUGACAAUUACUUUAAAUCUAAUUUACUUCUCAUUCACUUACCUUUAAAUAAUGAAUGCUACGCAAAAUUUAAGCGCGCCCUUAAUUUUGAUUGACGUAGCAUUCUGUCCUUACAGCUAAAUAAAGUGGCAUUAGGCCCUGUUCAUCCGGCAUCUACACUGCACGUUUUUUACAGGAUAAACCUUACCGAAUACCUAGUGACACAUACAUUGAUUAUGAGAGAACCAUUAAUACGUUUGUACCUCAAAAAAACGCACACAGUGUCAACCGAGUGAACAGUCAGUGUAUGCGCCACUACGUAUCCGGUAAAAUCUAUCCUGCAAAAAACACGUGGUAAUGUCGUGUGAAAGGGGCCUUAAAAUAUUCGGCCGUUACUUUAGUUACAAAGUCAUUAAAAAUAUAUUUUUUAACCAAAAAUACUAUAAAAUUACUAUUAGUAUUUAACAUGGCUAACUUAAGUUCUAUAGUUUAGUAAACCUUGUUUUGCAUGAAGAGAGUUUCACAGGUUGUUACGUUGCGGCUGUCAAAGUAAGAUUUUUGAGGACCAGUAAUGACCAUACUUAAAAGUGCAAAAGUCCAGCGCUUAAUUCCUAGGACAUUCACACGUUUUAAGUUGGCUCGGGUCUGAUGGAAGGCUUCGGCCGAGGCUAGUUAUCUGCCUAAAAGCCGUGCCGCCAAGUAAUUUAGCAUUCCAGUACAAUGCGUAGAAAACUAGUAACCGAUCAGGAGUAAGAGUUGAAUAAAACUGUCAAGCCCCCUUCUGGAUUAACCUGUUGCUAUUUUAUGGUCGAAAUUAAUAAUCUGUGUGUAUUUUUUUCUUUUGUGAUCUUGGAAAGAUGGAUUCAUUGUUCUUUCGUCGACUUAAAAUUCACGAGGAACUCUCUCCAUGUAAACUGGGCUUAAAUAUGUAUAGGGUACAGUCCAAAUAGAGGCCGGUAACGCGUUACAAUAAUAUAAUAACCUCACAGGCUGUGAUAUGCGACUGACUGUUAAUACCUAGCUGUAUGUAGCGAGUUAGCGUAGUACUUAGACUGUCCAAAGAUAUAAGGGGGUCGCACACGGGCGCAAGAAAUGAACUGAAAAUGCUAGAAAUGUCAGUAGCAUCGGGAGUGUCUUAAAAAUGGAAUCAUGUUGACGUAUCAGCAAAUCUAUUCCGUAUUACAGCAAAAAUAAAAACAAUCAAAGGCAUUGAACAGUCCAUUGUCGAUUUAUACGUUUUCAACAGAAAACAAUCGAAUAAAAGUUGACAGUCGAUUGUUGAAGCUUCGAAUGCGGAGCGCACGCGGUCUGGAAUGCAUAAAUCUAAAUCAAUCGCGCAAUUGCAUUCGAUGUUCGAUUGAUUUGUGCCAGACCCGCACGCUUUACCUACUUAACAAUUAAACAAUCGAAAACAAGCGAUUAUUUUUUCGAUUGAUCUUUUUUAUUAAAAAAAAAAAAGUUUUAUACCUAUUUAAAAAAAUUGCUUUUUUUUCAGUCCUGAUAAAAACCAUUUGCCGUUGAAUUUUCAAAAUGGAAUCUCGCGUCCAUUUACACACAAUUUUUUAUUUAACAUAGUAUAAUCACUGAAGUUACUGAAUGGAAAACUAGAAGUCUGACAGUUUCCAUUGUGUACAACUAAAUUAUAUAACCACUAGGAUAUAAAAUAGAUCUGCUGAUGUCAUCAGCAUUUCUUCAUUGCCCCAGAUCCUGCUGAAUCUUGCUACUGCUCAUAUGCAUUUACAUUAGGAUUGCGACCGUAUGCGAUCACCUAUAGAGAUAAAAAGAUAUAUAAUUCUGAUCGCACAUGUAUGCGGACUGUUUGGUGCUAAAAAAAUCGAAUGUCUUCGUCAGUGAGAUUUGAAUGCGCCGAAGAAACGUUAUGAAUACACGAUGAAAAUGUCGAAGAAAUCAAAACAACAUAAAGACGCGUCGAAACGUUAAAGAUAACGCCUGUUUUUUAUCACCAUUGUCAGAUCUGAAUAUCAACAGCUUUACAGGAAAGCGCUUCAAAGUUUAAACUGUUCAUAUUUUCAAAAAUAUAUGACUUAGAUUUACAAAAAUCAACUGAAUCUUGCUAUAUCUUUAUGUAAUUAAUAAGUAAUUAGGAUUAUUAUGUUAAUGAAUCAUGUUAAUGUAUUAAGACUCAAUGGUUUUUGUGAAUCUGAUUCUUAUAUUUUUAAAAAUAUGAACAAUUUAAACUUUGUAGUGCUCUCCUAUAACGGUGAAUCCACACAUGCCGCCGAGUUCAAACCGGCGGUAUGUGUGGAUCAACCAUUAAGUUAUUGAUUAGCAGAUUCGGGACAAGUGAAAAUUUACAUCCCAGGAACGCUUUUAUACCAUUAUUUUUCUUCAGUGCGUUUUCUGUAGUCAACUCGAAGUUAUUCUGAUUUUGAGCACUCAAAUAGCGCCCUAACGAUACGUGCUAACUAUGCGUGCUAAUAAAUGUGCGAUUAGUUUUAAAACUCCAAAAAAUAUCGGAGAAAAUCCUUUAAAGUAUACAUCACUGUUGCUAAAAUUGUUUCUAAAUGAAAAACCCAUCGAUAGCUUGUACGCAAAUAUCUCAACUAAAUUUAAAGGGUAAUAAUACUGCUAUCCUUUACUAAAUGUUUCUGUGGAAAAGGAUACUACUAAGUUUGAGAUUAGAGCUCUCGUGACUUUGCUCAGAUUUAAGAAACUAUUAAAACGAGACCGCGUUAUAUAGCUGCCAUAAAUCUGUCUCGUUUUAACUAAAACUAAAGUCUGAGCAAAUUCAAAGUGGGUUUUAUAGCUCUGCCAAUUUAGUUAAGAGAGUUGAGUACAAAACCAAAGGAACAACUAAAAAUGUGCUAAAUUAAAAGUGCAUGUUAUUUAGUUUCAAGUUUAGCGCAUUGAUGGAUCACAACCCCUAGUCAGUGAAGUGUAGUUGAAAACUACUAAAACUAUUAAGUAGCUCCUAAAGAAAUCUCCACUAUUUGAGCCAUUCAUAUAUUUUAAGGGGAUAUUGUUAAAUACUACAUAUUUUAUAUAUUAUAUUACCUAAUAUUACGUUUAAAACAAAUGCUACUAUGAAAAUUAUAUGUUUUUGUCCAUAGUGCCAUAAUAUUGUUUAGUAAUAUAGGGUUAAGGAUAGCUUUAAUAAUUUAUUUUCAUAACUUAGACCAAAGACUAAAGGAAAAACAUAGACAGCUUAUAUAUGAACAAAGAUAUUCAUUAUAUGGAUCACACGUUGCAGUAUUCGAACCACACGCCGAAUAAGGGUAAGCCUGCACUGCAAAAUUUCACCGCGCGAUUUUUUUCCACAAUUCCUGUCAAUUUCUGUGACAUUAUGAACAUUGUACAUUCGCUUUAUGACGCAUAUACUGAGUAUAAAACCGUCCACAUGGUUAAAACUACAUUUUUCUUGCAGUACAAUUAAUAACGUGUGAAUGGUUCAAAAAUCGUAAUUCACACCGUACGUUUUUGGCCGUUUCUUAACGUCCCCUACAUUUCCAGUACUAAAAAUAUCUUAAUUGCGGUAAUGCUGAAUGUGCAAUCAGCUUUACUCACUGAAAGACAGCAUACAAGCCCAUGGCACUCGGUUGGUUUCUGGCUAUAAAAAUUGGCUUCUCUUGAGCUGCUUCAUGUUCUUGCAUUUGAUGUACUGUCUAUUUCCUUUAGUCUUAGACUUAAACACAUCACAAUUCACUAUGAUUGUCGAAAUUUUGGUUGUUCUAUCUAACAAAGUUAUGUUUACCUAGCUUGUUGAUCCGAAUCAACACGACUGAAUAGGUUAAUUAUCUCAGAACAACAAUAUUAGAGUGACAUUAUACCCAGCCAUGUUCACUUGACUCUAUACAGAAUGGUUUUUUAACUGGUUGCUACACUAAUCGUCAAAUAUGUAUAGGAAAAUGUUCCCAAAACCCCAGUGAUUAUCCGACAGUUCAACCGAAUUCUAAUUAUGUAUUAAAAAAAAGUUUGGCUAUAAUAUAAAAUGCAAUCAAAAAAUGGUCCAUAUUCAAAGGAAUUUGAAUAACAAAAAUAUACAAAAAGAUGAAUCUGCUCCUAUACGGUUGCACUGUUAUUUUAUAAAUUAUUUUUAUUUGAGUGAAAUCGACAUUUUAUACAAAGAAAAUAGUAAAAAAAAAAUUAUUUGGAGUAACUUUUUCCAAGAGGUUUAACGAUUAGCGUUGCUGCCGUCGAAUUCUAUAAAAUCACCCUGUAUUUUAACAAAAAAAAACUAAAUAUAAUGCAUACAUUUUGAGACCUCACUCACCAUUUUAGAUCUGUCAACAAUCAUGUCAAAAGUACGAUUUUAGUCCUUAAUUUAAAGGUGAACCGUACUUUGACAGUGUCUUUGACUUUGACAGUUACAUGACAGUUGACAUAUAGAGCUAAAAUGGCGACUGAGAUCUCAAAAUGUACUCACUAUAUAAAUAAAUAAGAAAUAGUGGCGAUGCCUCGAUAUAUGUAUCUGUUCAUUUUUAAUAUUUAUAUUAUAUCGUUUAUAAGUUAUUUAUAUAUUGUACAUAGUAAGAAAUGAGAAAGAUAUAAAAAAAGAGUUAUUUGGGACGUUUUAGGAAUGUAUUGUUUUAUGUAAAUAGUUGUUAUUUGUACGGUGUAAAGAGUAAAUGACAAAAAAAAACUUUUAAACUCGUGUAUUGCAUUUAGGUUUUUUUUACGCUUGGCGGUGCAUUGGCGGACGAAGUUUUGUACCAUCGCGAUUUGUGGGGCUGUAUAAAUGCAAUAAGGGUCAUUUCAGACGUGCCACAACGACACGACGAGCGACAAAAAUGUCGCAGUACACAAACUUAUGAAAACCCAACUCAAAAUUCGCACGUGCAACAACAACAACAGUAACGUUCAAAAACUGUCGAAAACGUGCGUGCGGUCUGUCGCAACAAAAUCACAUUUUUCUGGUAAGCUCGCUUUCUCUCCAAACUCUUGGUGACAGUUUUUGACUUUAAUUCAAAUUAAAUUGCUGUAAAUCGUAAGUUGUAGCAACACACUGGUCUAAAAUUAAUUAAUAGUGCCCCUAUGGGAAAAUAAUUAAUUUUAGGCCAGUAUAGUGCUAUGAGUUACUAUUUAUCGCAACUUUAAUAAAUUAAAUAACUUUUGAAAAAAAAACCAGGCCACUCUGGCUUUCGUAAGUCCCAAUUAACUGGCGUCCUCAAAAAGGCUCAGAAUCCGGCCGUAAAUAGUCUAAGCAAGGUCAAAGUAAGUGCUAUAGAUCUCGGCCAUAAAAUGUGACGACAACACAACAUCAGACAGAGCCUACAGCGAGACCAUUCAAAUACGACCCCCCGACCUGACGACACUUUUGCCACUGUUAAAGUGUGGCCCGUCUGAAUAGACCCUUAGUGCAUCCAUGUGGCGUUUUGUAUUGACGUCUAUUCGUCAUUUUAAGCUUACUGUACGCUUGUGUACAGCUUUCAUAUAAAUGAAAAACUCUUGAUAGAGUGGCAAGGCUACGUCGCUGCAUAGAAUCGUCAUGAAAUUCGAUAGCUUUGUAUGAAAGCUACAUACUAGCGUCCGGUGAGCGUUAAAUGACGAUUCAGCGUCUUUGAUGGGAAGCCACGUGGUCUGUGACACAUAAAAGACAAGAUAUGCAAUAUUUUAUAGCUUUGUUAUUACGUUAUAAUCUCAUAGUAUAUUUAUUUAAAGUCCUUACUAACAAAAAUUUACACUGUUCAUACAGCGUGUAUAUGCUGAAUGUAUGACUAUAAUGUAUGUAUAGUAUAAUCUGUCGGAAAUAAUAUUAGUGUGUAUGUGACGCCCCAGCUCUAGAAAAGUUAAAAUAAUAAAACACUCUAAAAUUAAUAUCACUAAUCUAAGAUCUUUAACAAUCGCCAAAUAAUGUUUAAAGUUGAUUUCAAACUACGGAAUAUAAUAUAAUAUGUAUAUAAAUAUCGCUCACCCUACUUUUAAAUGUCACUGUUCACACUUAGAUGUAAUAUUAUUACAUCUAACAGUGUGAACAGUGAUAUUUAAAAGUAGGAUGAGCGAUAUUUAUAUUUUAUAUUAUAUUUCCGUAGUUUGAAGGCAACUUAAUUGAGAAAUAAAGACUUUUUGACAGUUUGUUCAGCAGGAAAGACAAUGAAAAGGUCUAUGACACUAAUUAUUUGAUCAUGAUAGAUAAUUUAUCAAACACGCUUUAUAGUUAGUUAUAUUUCAAACGGGUAUAAUACUGUGUAUAAGCAGUGUAUAUUUGUUACGUAGUAAGACUUAUAACCUAGUGACAUUCCAAUGAAAAAAUUGUUUUCUAAUACCUAUCAUAUUAUUAUGUAUAUUUUUAACGAUGCAAUAAUUUUCAUUAAGGGCUAGUACAUUUCUAAUAAGAGGUGCUGUUGUUUAAAUUUGUUGUAAAAAUUGACCAGCUGUGUAAAAAUUAAUACAUACACACACAACACAACAAAUAACUGCCUGUAUCUUGAUUAAUAGUAAUAGAGUAUCAACGGUUAAGGAGCUUCAUACAAAAUUUAUGAAAAGUGUGAGUUUGUCGUUGCGUAAGGGUGAGACGAAUGGCUCGUUUGUACAGACCCUAACCGCGGAAAUGAGUUAGUAAGUAUAGCGCUGUCUCUGUUACGUAAUUCCAUACAAAUGAUAGAGGCAAAUAUCGUGGGCGUUAACCAUUUGGAGUCACCAGCCAUUUUUGCCUCUUAUCAUUUGUAUGGGAUUAACAGAGAGAGUGCUAUACUAACUUCUUUCCGUGGAUAAGGUAUUAGUAUUUACUAUAAGCAGAACCACCUAGAACACACGAAACCACUUUGGGCCGGCUCAUAGAUCAAUGAUUUUGAUUAAUUUGUCCUAACAUUGCUCGCGAUAAAUAUGUGUCCAGCAUAUAGCUCGUUCACACAGGCUGCGUACGCGUUGUGUAAGCGUAAACGUAGCGCGUACCAUUGCGUUGUGAUGUAUGCAACGCAAUGGUAAACAGCGUGGACUUAUGCGUGACCCGGUGUGUUAGGGCUUUACGCGCGUCCUACGCACGUGUCACGUGUACGCAAUGGGUGUGAAUGGGCCUUUAAAGUUUACACAGCUGGUUUAUAGACAGUGUCUUUUUAGUCAUCUUACAAAAGCGAAUCAGUUAAUGUACUUAAUGUGGCUGAUUCUGUUGUACGCAAUGUCUUAACUAAUACAGUGACAGCUCUCUUAAUGUAUUGCUAUCCCUUUCUUAUUGCUUGCUGAAGUAAAGGAUAGCACUAGAUUUAGACCUGUGAGUAUAGUUUAGCUUCUUAAUUAAUUAACUGUUUUUAUAUGUACUUUUUUUUUAAAAUUUUUAUUUAAAAUAAAUAGUAGACAUUGGUACAGUAAUGGGUUUGCGUUUGUAAUUAGACUACAAAGUCACAGUGUAUAAGCAAUAACCAUUUUCAAGUGUCAAUAAUUUGAACAAUAAGAAAUUGUAUGUGAACGUUAUGGUGCUAAAUUGUUGUGUUGCCUUACUAUAUCAUAAAUUUAGCUGUGCAUGCUAUAAAAUGCUGAAACAUUUCUUAUAUACAGGUUGAUUCAUUUAUUUGGCACUGAUGUACGCAUCCUUAAACUUAAUUGGAAAGUAUAAAAGUAAAAUCAUCCUUAAAAACCUUGUGAAAGGAAUGUACUUUUAGACCUUUCCAUUCUGUUCAAUUUUUGUGUACAACUCAGUAAGAGGAAAUUUUAAACCACAAAACACCAAAUUUUUCCUCAUACUGUCCCAAAGAAAUGGAACACUCUGUAUAUACCUAGCUUCCACCUCGGGAUUCCUAUAUUGACGAGGUUAAAUAUAUAAGAGAGGCAUAUCUUUAAAAUAAAGAAGAGAUUGUACAAUUGUUAUAUCUUAGAGUAUAGGAAUUCUUAUAAAAUGUUGUUAGGAUGUACACCAACCGUGUUGGAACCUUGAUCUCUGUUGCUUUAGAAGUGUAGGCAGGCCAACUUAACUGGUCACCAGUACAAAAUGGAGAGGUAACAGCAGCGUGCGAUUCGCUAAUAGAGAUCAUCACUAAAUGAAAGCGAUCAAACUCAUUUGACAUUAGUUGGGUGAUGGGUCUACAUUGCCGAUUCCCUCAGCGAUAUAAAAAUUAUUUUUCGUAGAAAACCUUCAAUGAUUAAUAAUAAAAUGUCAAACGAGCUUGAUGACUCUUAUUCAGUGAUGAUGACUGAGUUAGCGAAUCACAAUUGUUUUGAGUGGACCCUCUGCUUACCUCUCAUAGUGUCACUAGUCUUGAAUAUUGUAGUAGUAUUUUUUUUUCUCUCGCGAUCCUUGCUCUGCAAUAACGUCACAAAACUGCCCUGAAUGGAUGCUUAGUUUUCAUAAAAUAGGGCUAGUUAUAUUAAAGCAAGUAAAAAAACCCGAUAAGCUGUAUGAAAAUAGCUGGGGUAAAAAUAUUAUGUUCUCCAUAAUGUUUUGUUCAUAGAAUAAGUAGUUCAAUGUAGUAAACAUUUUACAUAUUUUCAUGGAAUUGCUCAACUUUUUUAAAGCAAAUAUGAACUUACCACAUUAAUUUUGUUUUACAAAUAUUUUGUUUUAUCCAUAAAAUAAAACAGCACCGAAUUUUUCUUACCAUUUAUGAAAUUCAAAAACUUUCCAAGCAUCGAUCAAAUUCAUUUUUACCCUAAACAACCCAUAUUCGCAUUUAUUACCCAUUGCAUUAGACAGAUAUUCGCCAGGCAACUUUUUGAGCGUUCUUGUAAUAAGUCUUAUAUUUUAUGUAAGAGGCACUCUGCCAAGCUGAAAUAUUACAAGAGUACAAUAAAUCUUUUUGAAAUGAGUAAUUUGUAAGAAAACUCAAUAGUAUAGUGUCUCAAAAACUGUUAAUAUUAAAAAAAAAAAAAAACUAAAAAUGUAUUAUAUAAAUAUAAAAAAAUCAAAAAAAAAUACAAAAAAAAAAACAAAAAAAAAUAUACUCAAAAAAAUGAAAAUUUUUACUUUGACUUUUAUGGAAUUCUUUUAAAAAUAUCAUGCAUGUUAUGUGUACAUACAUCGACUUCCAUCUAGCUUGAGUUGUGCAUAUUGUUUGUUUCAUCUUAAAUGGAGGGUUCUAUCAUCUAUUUAAGAUGACACAAUCUAGUAUUACGACGGCCAGAGAUGUAACGGUAAAUUUUGUCGUUACAUUUGUGGCGUUACUAACGCCUGAGAUCUACAACUUCUACAAGUCUUACUUUGGCUACUCAGACUAAUACUGGAUGGAGUUCAUAAUAAAGAUAGGGGUUUCUUUAGGGGACCACUCGGAAGACCUAUCCAAUAUUCAACCUUUAUGCAAUGCAUUAAGGUUGAAUAUGAUACACGUCGUCUCAACAGUCCCCUAAAAAUCUUGACUGUGAAUGGAAGAGUUAAAACUGACACGAAUCUGUCAUGAUUUAACUGAGUAAAAUCAGGAGAUUGACAGAGUUAAAACGAGAUAGACUUAUAUCAACAGAAAGUCUGAGCGAAGACAAAGUACAUUCUAUAGAUCUCAGCUGGUUUUUAUUAUUUAUAAUCGAGCUGCAAUCGUUUUUCUACAGCUUUUAUAAUUCAGCUUAAUUUACGCCCAAACUUUUAUCAGCAUUAUUUAUAUACAACCUUAAAUUAUUAACUUUAAAAUGGGCUAUUCACCUCUGUCAAUUCAAACUCAGCAACCUAUUUUUGACGUCAGUUUUUUUUAGUUUUCAAUUUAAUGUAGCAAAGCACUCGUUGUGUAGCCGAUUUUUUUAUCAAUCUAUCCGUAAUCUUUUGAUAAGUUAUAGGAUUGUGAGCUUGUGAGGCGUUGGUUGCGGGAGGCAGUUGACGUUAUAGUAAAGGAAUUCAAUAUUGCUGUCACCCUCCCUCAACCCGCACCCUACCCCACAAGCUUUUCGGGUUGAAAUCUAUAGACCGCACUUUGACUUUGCUUAGACUUGAGUUUCAGUUAAAAAGAGACAGAAUUGUGCCAGCGGUAUAGCGCUGGUACAAUUCUGUCUCGUCUUAACAGUGUCUUAAGUCUGAGCAGAGUCAAAGUGCGCUCUAUAGAUCUCAGCGUCAGUCAAGCGAUACACCUAUAGCAAAGUUGUUAUUUGCUUAGUGCUUGCACACAAAUCUUCCAAAACAUACUUAACAGUUUUCAUUCCCAAACCAUCAUUUUCAAGAGAAGUUUAGAAUUCACAUCUCUUCUUCAUCUCUAAAAAAAGCUAUACAAUUUUGACAAAUAACAACGUUGCUUAACUUAUUGACAGAUUAUAGAAAGAUUGGUUAUUAUUAUUAAUUUCGGCGCUAAGCGAAAUAUCUCAAAGAGUAAACUAUUAAUAAAUCUGACUGACAAGUAACGUAACUUCACUGCCAGGUUGGUGUGCAUUUCAAAAUUAGGCAGUCUUUUGGAAUUUAUAAAAUUGUAACUCUAAAAUAAUUUAACUAGUAUUACAAUAAAGUGUAAGUUUUCAUUUGUGUGAAAACAUCACAAAAACUUUGUUAAAAUUCAGUUUCUUAAGUUUGUUGUUCAAAUAAAUAAAAUGCAAGCAUUUGAUCGAAUCACAAUAACUUACAACCGUGAGUUUGCACUGAUUAAACAUCUGCAUAUAAAAACAUAUUGCUGGAAACUGUAUCCGUAAUGAAUCCAACUGCGUUUACGUUGUGGUUUGUUGAAAACAAAACCUUGUUUGACAUUUCAGUUAAAUCUUGAAAUCUGUCAAAGAAUUUAGCCGAUUUUCUGCAGUGCAAACGGAAAUUCAUCAAAACAAGUUAUGAGAUCUGUUACAUACGACGAUCUGUCAAAUACUCAUAUUUCAUAGCUCGUUCGGCUGCGUAAGCGUAGACGUAGCGCGUACCAUUGCGUUGUAAUGUAUGUAACUGUAUGAAACAUGGCGCACCGCUUGCGUAAAGCGUGGACGUAUGCGUAACCCGGUGUGUUAUGGGUUUACGCGCGUCACUACGCACGUGUCAUGUGUGCGUGCUUGGUGUGAAUCGGCCUUUAAUGUUUUUGGUGCAAACUCACGGUAGGUAUAUAACACAAUAUAUGUAUAUUUAGGUACUAACUGUUUUUACAGUGAAUACCCAUUUAAGAUUUAUUUAUUUACAAUGUAAUCACUAUUUCGCGUAAUAUUUUUUGAAUAUUACUAAAAUAUUAUUUUUAUUAGGCAUUUAA